GACACGUUCCAGUCAAUCAAAACAUUACCUUUUCCAGCCAAACCCUGAGAGGUUCCCCCGUGAGAACUGAAAAUCCUAUCCAAACUGAGACAGUGAGCUUUGAAGCUCUGUGAACCUUCUUCUUCUUCCUCUUCUUCAAGACUAUAUAUUUCGUUGCUAGAAUCCUUUGGGUAAUUGGGUGAUAACCAAUAUGGCAGCUCUAUGCUUCGGCACAUCACUCCAUGUACCAAAAACUACUAAGAUACAGACCGUAGGUAGACAGAGAAAGUUAAAUGGAAUUCGCUGUGAGGCGAGGAAGUCAUUGGAGGAGCUAUAUAACAUAAAGGUGGAACAUAACGCGUCAAAGGAUAGAUUGGAAAAACUGGCAGUAUCACGUUGGUCAAUGUGGAAAACAGGGAAGUGUAGGUUGUCAUGGGACUGGCAGGUGGACCAGUUGGUGUACGUCGUAGAAGGUGAAGUUAGGGUUGUUCCAGAAGGGAGCGAAGAAUACAUGAGCUUUGUAGCCGGUGAUCUUAUUCGCUACCCCAAGUGGUUUGAAGCUGACUUAUGGUUCAAUGCCCCUUACCAAGAGCUUUACAGCUUUAGAGCUUAUGGCGAUGACUAAGUCUUUUUCUUCGUUUUCUGGGUAUGUUUCUGGUCUCUCAUUUUGAUUUAAAACUUCAUUCGAGCAUUAUGUGUUGAAUGAGCAAACUACCCAUAAUUUUAAUAUAGGACUGUCGCCAUCUUAAUCAGAAUGCCUUUGUUGUCCCUGCCUAAUUUCUCCGACUUGUAUUGAUAAUGAUGGUUGUUGGAUGUCAUUGAAUUUGUAACAAAAAAUGGAACUGCAGUUAGUCUAUAAAUGUGUACUAGUGCUUGUAUGUAAUGAUUUAUAUGUUGAAUCCCCAA